GGUCAAUAUCCUUGUAUAAGUUCUUCUACGCUUGGUGAGAAAUUCAAUCCUGCAAAAGAUUGCUCUGAUAUAGUGGACAAUCUUCCCGAAGCAAAAGAUGGUUUCUAUUGGAUCAAACACAACAAGGGAGAACUUUCAAAGGUACAGCACUUUUUUGGUUUUCCAGCCAUUAAUAAUACAACAGGUGAACUUGUGGGCGAGCUCGACAACUGGAUUCUGCAUGUAUACAGCUCAGUAAUUGGUUAGAAGACUGCACCGGAAUCACCGGGUCGCCGGUUAGAUUCCUGCCAGAGGGGCUAUAGUUGUAUUUUUUUGCAGCAGCUCCUGGUUAGAUUAAAAAUUGUAUAUAAUAUUCCGCUCGAAAUUUCCAUCUAUCAUCAUCCCUUCAACCUUAUGAUCCAAUUGACUUAUGGAUCCCCUAGGGGUGGUGUGACACACAUACAGACGGCGGGGGUUUUUUGUUGAUCGGAAUGAAGAACAGUCCAGUCACAUGGAACGUUCCAUCCAAUGACACUCCAGUAGAUCCAAAGGGUCCUCCUCAUUGGUCCAGCAAGUUUGGUGACGUUAACGUACAAGAUUUUGCAAUUCAAAUCUCAACCACAAAGAAUUUUGAAGACACAAAGGCUCAUUGGUAAGUUGUCCAUAUAGAUUGUAAAAUAUGAAGUAAAGGCGGGUUUAUUGGAUCUGUCUAAUUAUACCAAUGCCUUACCAUAAGCACCAAAUCAUAUACCAUACCAUAUCAUACCAUACCAUACCAUACCAUACCAUACCAUACCAUACCAUACCAUACCAUACGAAUCUAUAAUAAUCAUAUUUGCCUUACAUUCAUAACUCUUUCAAACCAUUUGAAUAAAGGUCUUACAGGUUAAAAAUAAAACGUGCUCUUGGUCAUCUGUUUGGUAUUGGAAGUGGUGGCUGUUCACACUUUCAUUCAGGAAUUGGAAACAUUUCUUAUGUUAAAGAUAUCCUUACUGAAACAGUGGUCACUACAGAAUUUAACUGUUCACAAUUUGGACCUCAUUCGGACGUGGGAUGGGUAACUGUAAUAUUUAUACUUUAUCAAUCUUUUAACAGAUAUAACCAGAAAUUUGGACUGAUUUAAACAGGACAUACCUAGACAUUCUGGUUGAGUUAACCAUGCAGACUAUGUUAUGUGGACAUCAUAGAAAUAAUAGAUAUAGAAUGCGUACUCCUAUCUUUUCUCAGUAAACAAUUUGUCUCCACAAAGUUGCGGAUUUAUAAGGGCAUUUUGGCUAGUCCCAGAAUCCUGCGGCAAGAAAUUUCGCGGCGGUUACAGGGAGUGCGAAUUGUUUUUUUCGACAAAGUUUGCCAAAAAUUUUUAUAUCAAGAUUUAAAAUUGGAUAAAAUAUUUGAAAAGGGAAAAAAAUCAUUCCAGUGUUUUUUUAAAUAAUUAUUUCUAUUGUACACAUGCAACCUGGAUAUUCUGUUACACUUAAUUUGAGUUUGUUAAAUUAACUGCAGAAUGCUUGCAUAUAACGCUAGUUCGUUUGCUGCAUGCUUCUCAACUGGAACUGAACAAGAACCGAGUGCCAACUUGCUGUUUUUGUGUACGUUUUAUAGCUGUACACUAACCACCCAUACACAUAAUAUUUGCCAGUGGUUUCAAAAUCUGUAUUAUUAUGUCUUAUUUUAUCUUCGAAUCUCAUUACGCGUGUUAAGAAUAGCACUGAAGAAUAGAAAUGAAUACAAUACAAGAGGGACUUUAUUUGAAAAUGACGACAGAACCUGGUUAGCCAAUCAUAGUUUUAAAAUCAUAUCAAAACCUUCUAAAAUGCCUAAGUUAUACAAAAUACUUCAACUACUGUACAAAAAACUAUGUAUUGCUUUAUUAUUCAGGAAAGAAUGAGUUACUGUCUUUAUUAUUUUACAGAAAAGAAUGAAUUACUGUCUCAGAAAUAAAUGUUUAAAAGGUUAUGCAUUUAUAGAGGGAUUUCCUUUCAAACUUGACAGUUAUGGAUCUUUCAGGUGAAUAUGCAUGCAAUUGCUCCCGAAGCCUGGCAUCCCGCAUGUCCUAUAACCAACUCUAACCCUGCUCUAAUGUGUUUUUCGUGCUAAAGAUGAUUAAUUUUUCGCUUUCCAAAUGUCCUUAUUCCAUUUGGUUGAUUAAAUAACCCAAACUUCAUAACUUAGAUAUUGAUGAUAAGUAUUACAUGAAAGUCAGUUUAAGCUGUCAAAAAUUAUAUAUUUGAAAGUGUGCGAUAGUAAUAUAAAAGUUUAGGGGGAAAUGUAUCACAAGUUUUAAGGCGCAAGUCUUCUUUUUAGAAUGAAUUAGAAAAAGUUAACACUUUGAUCAAAAGAGAGUCUUAACUUACAUCAUGUAUUACAUUUUCAGUUAUAGUACAAGUUCAAAGUUUUCAGUUAUCACAGACGAUGCUACGGCCUUUGUUGGUUGCGAUGCUGGGAAGGUUUGUUUGUUUGAUUUGUUACUAAUUCAUUGUAUUUUGUCAGAGGGUCUGUAAGAUGAUUAAUCAACGACACCAUAUAACCCUAUAGUUUUGAGAUCAGUGUAUUUGACGUUGUUUCUAGUGUUUUUUACUGCACAGAAAUCCAUCCAAUUGCAACCGCGGGUUCAAACUUUCGAUAUUAAUUGCCUUCAGCAAUACAUCCUUGCGGGAAGUACGUCACCUUGGCUGUAGAGCCUCGUUUUCGUGAUUGAGACGUUUAGCUUUAACUACCUAAUCUCAUAUACACUUACUAAAAUUGGGGUAUUCUCAAGGAAUAUUAUGCUACAUGCACAAGGAAUAUUAUGCUAUAUGCACACAUAGUCUUUCAAAACAUGGUUUGGAAACUCCGCUGAAGCCUUUUUUCUAUCUUUUUGUUCGCGUUUAUGCAGUUUUGUGCACGGUGCACGGUCAAUGAACACAUUGUAUUUCAGUAUAAUGAACGAAUCAUCCAAUAGCACGUUUCAGUUCAGUCAUUCAACCAUACUAUUUAAAUAUUAAUAAACCUAAAACAAAGGAUGUGCACGGUGUAAGGUACGGCUCAACAUAAACUUCCAGCUCAUUAUAGCCGCUUUGAAGUUUACUGAGUUUCCAGACCAUGUCUCGAAAGACUAUGAUGCACACUAAUGCUAUAUGCACAUUUUCCAUAGUUAGAGGUUUCUAGUGUCCAUUAGGCUAAUUCAGUUACUAUAGAAUAUGUUAAGUAAUUAAAAAGUUAUUUGAAAAUAUAUCUGAUUUAUAUAUUGUACUUUAUUCUUUUAACAUUACACUCUUUCCAACUUAUUCACUGCACUAAAUACAUUCCUUCACAACAUAAUUUUAUCUUUAGUGUUGUGCAUGCUUUGGUUCUAAAAGUGGAAGAGGUCAUUAUUGCAGCAGAAAAUGUAAGGCUGUUAAUGGUGGUACUGUCCUAACUGGCCAGGUUUAUGUCUGGUAUUGGAUCAGAACACGCAUGCCUAGACGACUGUGGAAAAGAUGUAUGGAGUUCAAGAUGAAAACAGAGACUGGGAAAUUUGAAACGUAUUAUAUUGAUAGGAAGACCAGUACAGCUCAUAAGGUAAGUUUGGUCUUCGGAAACACCACGUAUAUUUACUGUAUUAUUGCAUGUAAGACUUCCAAUUCGUAUACCCAGUUCUAAUUAAUAAUCAGAGAAUGUAUGGGAUACAGUUAGUCCUUUUACUGUUAUCCAAAAGAUUUUGAUUGUCACUGUUAUUAAAGUGGCUGUGAACAUGUUGUUUAGUUACGUUAUUGAUGACAGCACGGUUAUGCUCUGCAAACCUUUCCCUCAAACAUCUCCCAGUUCCCGGCCCCAAUGUAGAGCAGACUAAAUUUACAGCAUGACAAACUGUAAAUAAGAUCCAAAAUGAAUGUGAAUUUUAAAAUUGUUCCUUUAUACAGGGUACGUGCUCACAACAACUUCAGACAUUCUUCAAUGAAGGUGUAAGUGUGGUAUUUUAGUUAUUUUAUGCGUCUUUUUGUAUUACAUCUCAAAAUCAUAUAUUAUUAUAAGGUAACUAUAUCCGGAAAAUCUAAUGUCAAAUCUACUUUCUCCAAUUUAUCCUUGAUCUUAAAGUCCAAGGCGCUUAAUUAUAAUCAACAAUCACAAAAGUACGUUUUGCAAAAGUUGUAAAAGUAAUUCACUGUCUAUGUUAAACACUUUCAGACACUUUUGGUAAAAAACAAAGAAAGUUUCAAGAACCUUCCACAAGUGCCAGGACUGCUCUCAUAUCGCGAGGAUAACAACUUACUUUACAUAAACAAAGGAAAUGAAUGGGAUGUCAUCAGUACUGAAAAAGAAGUAAGUCAUGACGUAUAUUUUGCAGGUUAACAAAAGCGAAAAUCCUGUCCAAAAGUGAGAACGAAGCCAGACGUCACUCAUUAUAGAUUAUAUUAUUUUACGGAUGUCCAAAACGUGAGGGGAGGAGCCCCCCUCUCCCUUCCCACCAAGAUUGACGCCCUAGCAGAUUAAUACUAUAGUGGUCACUAGUCAGUCGUUUUACGAUACAAAUAUAUAUUUUCUUUAUGUACACCAUCUUUAUAUUUACUUUUGUUCAAAUCAAUAUUUCUGUAUUAUUGCAUUUACUUCCUGUAAGACUCGAUAUUAUGAACAGUUUUUACUAUAAUAAAUAUGUAGUAGAACAAUUAAUUGAGAACAUUAAACAUUUUACCUCUAUUAUAUUACGUAACUGUUAUGACGUAUUGAUACUUAAAUUGUUUUAGACACAAAACCUGGAGAAAAAUAUAAAUGGAAAAUUGCAAAGCCUUGAAGACAAGUUGUCAAAGAUUGAAGGAAGAUUAAAUGGUAAGUUGGAUGGUACCAUACUGCUGUGUAUAUACGAGAUGUUUCCAGCUUAUACAUAGACAGCUUGCGAUUGAAAGAGAUACCCUUUUGCUUAUAUUUUUCAAUUAGCUGUAUCUCCCUCAAUAUUGUCGUUAUCUACACUACUACUAACCAUAUAAAUAAACUUGCUUGCAGCAGUAGCGAUUGACACAACAUGUGGAAAGCGUAAUCCAAAGAUAAAUAUUAAAUCCCGGCAUAUGACUUUCAAUUUUAUUUAAAUUUUUAUAAGCUUUGCCGACGAAACAGUACAUUACAUUACAUAACAGGACAAAAACAAACGUACAUAAUGAAGUACAGUUCAUGACCACGGCUGGGUGACCGCAAAAGUGAUUAGCAAAAUAGUGCCGGUCCGACCCAAAAUUACAUUUAACUAGUUAGCCAUCAUUACAUAUAUAUAUACACAUACAUACAUCACAGACGUGAUCUUAAUAUUUACAGUUUAACAGCAACACAAUAUUGGACGUAACCACUGGACGUAAUAGGCUACGAAUACAAUCACAUUUCAGACAUAUACUCUUAAAUGUUUGAGAGUUUUCAGGAUCAUAAUUAAUGUUCAGUCAGUUCAGUGAUGUAAAGUAAUCUUUCAAACAAGUCAUAACGAAAAAGAAGAUAAUCUAUUUGCUAACGCUUCGUUGUAUACAUUAUAACAUUAUAUCAGCGCAUUUAAAUAUAUUUACAUGCAAGAGUAUUCUCUAUAUGAGGACUGGGCUAGUGCAAGUCCGCGCAGUUUAAUAAAGUCCGAGUCGAAGUUGGGGACUGGAUCAAAAUGAGAGAACUUGAAAUCUAGUCCAGUCCCAAUCUCGUUUCCCGAGCCUGCGAUCCUCGGGAAAGAACGUGAGGCUCUGGGAUAAUCCGUUGCCGGAAGCCAGGAAUCCUGGCUAAGGUUGAACUGCGCAUUCCAUAUCAACGACUAAUCAUAUUACUCCCUGAAACGGGUUAUCCCAGAGCCUCACGUUCUUCCCAAGGAUUGCAGGCUCCGGGAACGAGAUUGGUCCAGUCCGAAUUGGAGGAUUUGAAAUGACAUCUCAUACAAAUAAAUCACUAAAUAAAGUGAGGACAAUUAAUUUUGAUCCAGUCCCAGGAGUGGAUCAAUAUGCUUCACCAGGUGGUAUAUUUAGUACUUGGAUUAAUUUUGGAUAUUAAAAAGCUUUCUCAAGUAGAUCUCUUUCCGAAGUACCUUAAGAAAAGAUUUUGAAGUGAGACGCAGACAUCUGAUGUUUAGUAAAGCAAUAAUUUUACCGCAUAGGUCAUUGUAACUGAAGGAAAUACAAAACAUUGAUGAGUUUAUAACGUAGUUAUGGCAGGAUGUCCUCCCUAGGAUGUCCAUGCAGGUUCUGAAGUAUGAACAACACCAUUGUAUAAAGUAUUGGCACACCAUCCGAUGUAGUGUAAAUUUUCUUUUAUUUCAGCCAAGUCAGUUUAUGGUUCAAUCCUCACACCAGGAAAAUCUUGUAACGAUAUUCUAGCGGCAAAUAAACUUGCACUUUCACGAAUUUACUGGAUCAAGCCUGCAAUCAAUAAGUUAUUUCAAGUUUACUGUGACAUGGAAACUCGCGGUGGAGGCUGGACCUUGGUUUACAGCUAUACCUUUACAAAUUACAGCAGUUUUAGAUCAGGAAGCAAUGCCGUGACCCCCCGUCCAAACUGGCCUGCCCAUGGCGCCAACGUCCCAAUCUCAACCACUCCUCCACUCAGUGAGUCGUCGUUUGGGGCAGUAGAUUGGAAUCUUUGGACGAACAUUGGGCAUGAGUUCAUGAUCAAGUCAAACAUCAAUGAUUGGAUUGUUUGUCAACCAAAUGGUGGAAGUCUGGUCAUAGAGAAAGAAGGAUCAAUGAGUUGUCAAAAUGUAAAGAACGUAGCAACGGCUUGUAGUGGUGUGGCACCAAAUAUUAUUAAUUGGCACACUUAUGGACCAUAUUUGAGGGCUUCCUCAGUGUAUUAUUACUUUGAUGGAAACACAAGUGGAAACUGGCCAACGCAUGACCCUUGUGGCACAUAUAAUACUGAUCACAAGAAAGGAGUGAGCACCCCUGGCGGACAAAUUUAUCUUCGCUAGAAUCCAAACCAGGGUUUACAUUCAAUAAUUUCUUUUAUAUAACACUUGAUAAUUAUGUAACAUGCACGAGUAAUCAGGAUGUAGAUUUUUACAACAUGAGCGGCCGUGUUAAUUGUAUCGGAUAUGCAAACUCGAGCAGAAGGCGAGAGCUUGUAUAGCUGCAUGACACAACACGGAUGCCGGAUGUUGUACUGAAAUGGCUUGUGAAACUUCUCGAAGAGAACAUUUGUCUUCUUCAACAAUUUAAAAUAUAGGAAUUAUUGGCAUACCAAUAAAGAUUUUAUUGCUUCCUGCACUUGAACUAUAUAAAUAGAUAGAAAAUUACUGGGGGUUUUCCCGGGAAUUUUGUGAUCACAUGAUUGUAAUGCGCGGGAAAACGGAUAGGAGUUCGCGGUAUUUAUAGUUGAACUAGAAUGCGGGAUCGGUUCAUUCUGCUUUGCACGUUGGCUGGCAAAACAUCUCCAUCUGAAAUCAAGUUUACCUACCCUCCUUCCCGUUUUCUGGCGCAAUUCCUUUUGAUAUGUAUACUAGUUCUUAGUGGUGCAUGGUGCGUGUUUGAAUUACCCCCACCUUUCUGUGCGAACAAUUUUCUUAACAAGUACGAUCGUACUAUAGUGGACCAGGAACUGCGUG